GCGUUCGUCCGCGGUUUUCGGUGAGAAAGGGGAUUAAACCGGGAAAAUACUUAUUAAUCGUGCAAUAAUCAGUUAAUUUUGAGUGCCGGGAAUGAUUUUAUCACGAAAUCAGACUUUAUUAGAGCAUAUUAUUGAGCUCAGACCGGUAAAAAGUGUAAUGCUAAACUUUGCCAUUGCGCAACUCCACCGCGCACAAUCAUCAUGGCGGCUGGCCACUGGGAGAGAAUGGAGGGUUUGGCGUUUGUCUCCGGAUUUUCGGCAGUGAUUUUAUCAAGUAAUCAGACUUUAUUAGGGCAUAUUAUGAAGCCUACACCUCUAAAAAGUGGAACGCCAAAUUUCGCUAUUGCGCAACUCCUCCGCGCACAUUCAACAUGGCGGCUGGCCACUGGCAGGGAAUGGAGGUUUUGGCGUUCGUCCACGGAUUUUCGAAUCGAGACGUAUAAAGAGUGCAAUGUCAAAAACAUCAUUACUGUGCAACUUAUCUGCGCACUUGUCUGCAGGGUUUGGCGUUCGUCCGCGGAUUUUCG